GCCAACUACCUGCUUUUUGCUCAUUCCAACUUUGUAUAAAUUCAGCAUUUCCCUCUUUGUUUCCUCAUCCAUUUUUGCUCUGCCUUGCCCAUUUUCUGCAGAAGUUUUGAAGCUCUGUUGAAAAGAAUUUGCUCUGCCUUGCCGAUUUUCUGCACAAGUUUUGAAGCUCUGUUGAAAAGAAUUCAGCUUUAUCACCAUGGAAGGAGGGAAUUUGUUGCACAGGACUCAAUUCGACUGCUUGCUAUUUGAUUUGGACGAUACGUUGUAUUCUUCGAGCACAGGAAUGGCCACAGCAUGCCGGAAGAAUAUUGACGAGUUUCUGUCGUUAAAGCUUGCAUCGAGCAUCGAUGUUGUCACGGAGCUCCGUUCCCGGUUUUACAAGACUUAUGGAAGCUCGCUUGCAGGCCUUCGAGCAUUAGGGUAUGAAAUUGAUGCAGAUGAAUAUCACAGUUUUGUUCAUGGGAGAUUGCCGUAUGAAGUCAUUAAGCCAGAUCCGGUUCUGAGGAACAUUUUGCUGAGCAUGCCUCAAAGAAAAUUGAUAUUCACAAAUUCAGACAGAGUUCAUGCAACCAAGAUCCUGAAGAAAUUAUGCCUGGAGGACUGUUUUGAAGAUGUUAUCUGCUUUGAGAGCCUUAACGCGGAUUAUCCUUACCAGCAACAAGAUGGGGAAGAAAAUCCUCUUACUUCCCCUGUUACCAUAAAACCAUCAGUCGAAGCCUUUAGGCGGGCGAUUGCCAUUGCAAAAUCAGAUCCUCAGAGAACACUGUUCUUUGAUGACAAUCGUAGAAACAUAGCAGGAGCAAAAGGAGCGGGCCUUAAUACAGUCUUUGUUGGUAGCUCCGAGAAAAGUGAGGGAGCUGAUUAUGUGGUGGAAGAUAUUCAUAAUGUGAAGCACAUCGUUCAUGAGAUUUGGGGUGAGGCAGAAAAUUACAGAGCACCUGACAAAAAUGGUUGUUCAACUGGAAUAGCCAAAUCCAUUGAAGUAUCUCCCACUCCUGUUGUAGCCUAAGAGGCUCACACUUAAUACUUCUGUAAAACAAAGAUUUCUCAAAAGCAAAAAUAGAUCUCAUUGAUGUAUGUAGCACCUUGAUCUAUGUAGGUUCAUCUGCAAUUGUAAAUAUAUUUGUCCACUAUUGAGAAUAAUACAAACUAAUUUUUUAUUGUA